GGGCACACGGUGAGAGGCGGAGCCGGAGCGGAAGCGGCAGGGACGUAUCGUGCGCGGGGCCGGGUAAGCGGCGGAGAGCGAGUGAGGGAGAGGCGGAUCCCGGCAGACCGGCACUGGCGGCGAGCGGGGGCCGUUUAUCGACCCGCGCGGCGGUGGGCGGGGCGGGAGGUGCGUGAGGCGCGUGAGGCAGCGCGCGGGCUCGGCGGCCUUGGUGGCUUUGGGAGUUCGCGCCUUGCUGCUGCUCCCCCACACGGGCUCUCCUCCCGCUGUUUGUCCCAUUCCCGAAGCGCGUGCUUGAGGUGUCUGCCGACGGAGACCCGCGCUGGCGGCGGGAAGGCACAGCUCUUUGAAGGAUGCGGUGGCCCUGAGCUCACGCAACGCAUUGAUCGUCUGUCUGGAAACAUAGCUCAGCCUUCCACAGUUAUCUCCCUUGGAGCAUAAAUACUGAUGUCGUGCAAAGUUAAAUAUUUGCUGGGGGCACCCGUCUUUUUUAAUGACUUGUGAUGAGGAGAUGCUAACCAAGAUGUUAGCCAAGCUGAUUGUGACACCGAAGGCAAACAGCCCUAUUUAUCUUCAAACUAUGUUGCAAAACCUGUGAUAUUCAUUAUUUAUGUUCAGCUGAUUUCUCCCUUCCCUUCUUUUAACAGUGCCUACUAUUAAUAAAGCCAGUAUAGGAUAGAAAUCCAUCUCACACAAUGCAGGCUGAUCAGAGAAGGACAAAUGCCAGGAAAAGUGUUAUGAUUAAAGAGGUGCACAAUGUGAUGUCUCGAGGGUUUUGUUAGUUCCAUUCUUUAUUUUGUUAUCACAGAAUGGCGGGGGUUGGAGGAGACCUCAAGAGAUCAUCAAGUCCAACCCCCUGCUAAGCAAGUUCCCUACAAUAGACUGCACAGAUUGGCGUUCAGGCAGGUCUUGAGUAUCUCCAUAGAAGGUGACAAGCUGUCAGGAGUAAAUCUCUAAAGCAAAAUAUGGGAGAGGAGUAGGAUGUGGCAGUGCUGGAGUCUACAGUUCUCUGAGGAAACCUCAUGCUGAAACAGAAGAGAAAGUUGCCAAGGGAAGUGCUUACUGCUGUUUCUUCCUUAUUUCUCGCUGUACUGACCAUCUUCAAACCUCUUCCAGGAACUUCAGCUCAGGAGGAAGAUGAAAGAUAGCGUCCCUGAAGAACAUUUGUAUUUGGGUUUUUCUCAUCAGUAUCAAGAUAGUAUCUUUCCUCUUCACACAUCUAUUUCACUCUUCUUGCUAUCCUACUGUGACUGCAAAUCAUUCAAAAUUUUCUUAGUGCCGACUAAUGAAAAUGCAAAUGAUCAGUUUGUGACAAAAAACCUCCUUGGAGAUCUUGAGAUCCAUUUAAUCUCCAAAUGUCAGCUUCCUACGGUCGUGCAGAGCUGCUGUUUACCUGCUGUUGUCACGAAAGAUGGCAAGUUCUGUCGAGCUGGGCUUUCUGUUGUCUUAAGACAUAUAAUACAGAAAACAUUCGAGGCAGAUCCAUCCAAAAAGAAUGUUUUGGAACUCCUAGGCUUUAAGAAGACCUGCUUAAAAGCCUGUGCAGAAGUUAGCCAGUGGACCAGACUCUGUGAGAUCAGCAUACCUCUGGCUGUUGAAGGAUUUUUGACGGCAUCUCCUGAGCACUGUCAGACUAUUCCUGCUGACAUUUUACAGCUUGAAAGAAAACUUGGAGAGCCUGUCCGAGUACAUAACGAUGACAAAAUUCGAAGGCAAAAGCUUCAACAACAGAAAGCAGGUGCCAAGGCUGCAGCGUCUCUGCUUGAGGAAGAAGCAACAGAAGAAGGGAAAGCAGUGGAGGUGCAUGAACAUCCACUUCCAAGUUUGGAACUGAGUGUAGCUUUCUCUAAGCUACGUGUCCAAGAGGUAUCACAUGCAGUCAACAGAGAAGCCCCUCUCAUCAGGAGAACGAAAACGUCUGACCUUCCACCUUUAGACCAUGUUUUUGCAGAGGGGCUUUAUUUUACCUUGGCAGAUAUAGUGCUUUUGCCGUGCAUCCAUCAGUUCCUGGUUUACAGCAAAAAACAAGGGAAAGAUCUGGUAAACUUGCCUCUGAUCUCCAGUUGGUAUCAAAGAGUUCAGCAAGUACCUGGAGUGAAGAAAGCAGCUGAUAAAUGCAACAUGCAGCUUCUCCAGCUUCCAGAGUUGAUACCUUCUCCAGAGGAACACCGAGAAGACUUCUUUCCUGUUCCUAAUGACUUUGAAGAGGAGCAUGAAGACAGUCAAUUUAUAGGUGGUCCAAGGCCAACUAUGACUAAGUUAAUGGAGAGGGGAAUUGAAGCAAAGUUUUCUCCUCAUCCAUGCCCUGACUGGACGAUAGAUUGGACCAUCCUGCCAGCAGCAGUCAAUCCUGGAGAAGGAAAGAUGUCUAGAGAUCGAGCUCUGAGGAAACAGCAGCAGUUGAAUAAUUUGGUAGCAGCAGUGAAAAAGCUUGCUAAGCCUGGAGAUAUGAUUGUGGAUUUCUGCAGUGGAGGGGGUCAUGUUGGAAUUGUUCUUGCUCACAUGAUGCCAUCAUGUCAGGUGGUGCUCAUAGAAAAUAAGGAGUUGUCUCUGAUGCGUGCUAAAGACAGAAGUGAUGAACUAGGUUUAAGCAACAUUUCAUUUAUUCAAGCAAAUUUGGACUAUUUUAAUGGCACUUUUAACAUUGGGGUGGCUCUACAUGCAUGUGGUGUGGCAACAGACAUGGUGAUCGAACAUUGCAUCAAGGCUCGGGCAGCCUUUGUCAUCUCCCCUUGUUGUUAUGGCUUCAUUCAGAACACCAUGAAGUUUAAAUAUCCAAGAAGUCAUCAGUUCAAGGAAAUUUUAUCCUACAAGGAGCACAUGAUCCUUUGUAGGUUUGCAGAUCAGACAGCUGUUCAUCUUCCACCUGAACGGAAGCUGAUAGGAAAGCAGUGUAUGGGGCUUGUGGAUCUUGAUCGAGCAUGGGCUGCAGAAGAGUGUAACUACUCUGUCCAAGUUACAUCUAUGGAGCCAGAGAGCUGUUCUCCAAAGAACAAUAUGUUUGUGGGCACCCCAGUUUAGAGUAUGAAACUUGCACUUGAUUUGAAGUUGAUCAUAAAUCUUCAAUGCAUAAAAACAUCCAGCAAAUACAAGCAUAGUUGGGAACCAGACAUCAUGUGUCUUGAACCCAUUGUGUUCGGAAAAGGAAGCAGCAUGAGAAGUUUUAGAAAGUGAACGGCAUGCAGAGCAUUGGAAAUUGUAAUGUGUCAUUAAGCAACUCUUGGCUCUCAUAGUGAGAGGUUUCUCUAACAAUGGUCCAUGGUAUUGCAUCCAUCUGCAGAAGCUUAGAAAAAAGGGGAAGAAGGCUUAGAAGGGAAGGUCAUUUCCUUUUCAGUAAAGCUGUCUUGGCUGCUUCAAAAUUGCAUUCAUGUUCAAAACUUCAUUUGUGCUUAUCAGCCAGCAAUGCAGUUCACUAGAGGGAACAGAUUUAUGGUGUUAGUGAUGAAAACUGUGCAACAGGUGUUGGCUAGAUUUUGCUAAAGAAUGCCAUACUAUUUCAUCAAGAUUCUUACUACAAAUUCUUCAGAAUGCUUUCAGUAUCAUUCUGCAUAUAAUUUGUAUUCCAACUUAAUCCUUUUAAAAAUGAUGUGAAGUUUUUAGCUUUGGAUAUUAAGCAAGAAUUCUGUACCCAGUCAUUGGAAAGUGUAUGUGUAUAUAGCUAAAGAGAGCAAACCCUUAUUUCUCCAUUGACCGGAUUAUAGGAGAUAACAAUGAUGUCGGUGAGUGGUUACUUCACUGCCACCUCUGCUAAUUGAAAUGGAUUACUUUCUGUUUGAAAGAGACUUGCUGUCAGAUACAAUUUUUAAAAGAAGUUCUUAUGUCUGUAUACGUCAUCUUCAUUUAUUUUUAUAUUCAGUUUAAAUUCAGAAGAAGUUGCAGUUAUGGAACUGUUUGAAAAGCUCGAUCAUAGACAUGUUACCAUUAAAUGAAAAUAAAUGUUGUUCUGUGUUUGGA